UUUCCUUUCUUGGUUUCUCAUCGGAUUGAUUUGAUCCAUUCUUGCUCCUUCGUCGUUUCUUGAUGGCUAAGCCAAGGCGAAGAUCGCGGAGAGGUUGUCCUUUUGUGGGAUCUGUCAGUUCGUUUUCGGUUGUCGUUGAGAAAGUAAUGUGUUCGUGAACUAAGGUUUAGUCGUUGGCAAAUUUUUUUGGUGGUUUUCAGUUGCUUUGGCUAAUUUGAUGAAAAUUUAUGUUUUAAGUUAUGGUAUGCUUUUCAGCAUUUUUUUGAUGUCGAGAUCCGCAGCUUUUUGCUUCUAUAAGUGAAAGGUUCGAUUCUUGUUCUUCAUAUGAAACCAGCAAGUUGUUAAUUUCUGGUUUAGCUUUUGUGGUGACACCUAAGGGCUUCAUCUUUUACUGUCUAAUACUUGUACUUCUCUCUUGGAGUUUGAUGUGUUUAUAUGGAUUUUAACUUAAUUCUAUGAUGCUUAGUUUUGGCUUUCGCUUAUUUAUAAUUAAUAUUCUUUUCUCAUGAGUCCAUGAAUCCGUUGCCUUGUCAAUUUUGUUCAACAAUCCCCAACUGGUGUUAAUAUUCUUUGAUGGAAUCUAUGCUUGGAAGAUGAGUAUAACAUGAUAAAUAAUCAAUUACUAUGGAUAAUGUUAAAGCUUCAAGUCAAUGUUUGUCGUCUGCUAGUGGGAUUCUAAGAGGCAAAUGGGCAGGACUCUUUCAUGCUCCUCGUUAACAUAGCAAAAAUUCCAACUCCAACUAGAUCAAAUAGGUCCCGGUGUUGGUGGUUUUACUUUUAAGCUAUGCUGAAAUCUGAAAUUAUCAUCUAGCUUAAAAUUUUUUUAUUUGAUGAGAUUAUUUAUUGUCAUGUUUAAUCGCUAGGCUACGAUAUUGGUGUUCUUGAAGGUACAAGAUUUUGACUUCCAGUCAAAUGAUUAUCAUAUAUCAGCCUCAUGGGAUGUUUAUGGUUAUACCUAUUGAUGAACCAUAUCCUGACCAAGGACUGGUUUGGCCCUGAUUCAGAUGGGUAUGAAUCAAAAUUAGGGCCCAUCACAUACAGUGACAACCUUAAACCUAAUUGAGUUAGGAUUUAUAACAUUUCGGUUAUUUUGAUUUGAUCGACAUAAUUUUCAAUUCAAAUUCUAAAGUUGCUGAUACAUUGCAUCCCUCAUUUUCUGCCCUCCCUCUCCCUCUCUCUCUCUCUCUCUCUCUCUCUUUGCCUCUUCCUUCUCCUCACCUAAAUAUAAUGAUUAGAAAUCUUCCUUUUCUUUUCCUUUUCCCUCUCUCAUGCAGAGCCUGCACACAGUCGGAUCUAAAGCAGGCGGUGGUAACAUCUAUUCUUUUCCUGCUUGCCUAUUAAGCUAUGGGGCUAGUACUUCUUGAAUUUUUUAUAUUCCAGACUUGAACUUGAUUUUGUGGAUUUGAUGGAAAAAUUUAUCGUUCUUGACCCUGAAAUUCUGGCUUCCCAAUCGGAAAAUGAUGACAUGCACACGGUCCACACAGACACACCUGGACAGCAGUGGGUAAGGUCCACCUCAAGAUGUUUGAACCACUCACAUCAUAUUUGUUGGCCAUUCGGUUGUGAUGUCUUCUGUUACCUUCGUUAAGCUAACACUGGCAGUGAACGUAUCUCUUCACAUGCCUGCCUUGUCCACCCUUUCUGGCCUUCAACCGUCACUGCUCCACUACCUGAUUGAUCUACUUCUCAUGCUUCAUUUUUCAAUUUUGUUAUUUCUAAUGUUAACAUAAAGAAUGGACAGUCUGUGUGAGGUUUUUAACUGCUUUUCAGAUUUUUACACUGGUUAUUAUCUUGAUUGUCUGUUGGUAAUCAUAAUGGUUUAGAAUUUUUUAAAGCUAGAUUGGACAUUGGUCGACCCAUUCAUUUCAAAUCUGGUAUCUUCGCAAAAUAAUGCAGACAGGAUCCUGAUCUAGUUGUGGAGGCCAUGUCUUCCACUAGUUCUUCUCAAUCAUCAAGAGCAUCAGAUGGACCUUCAUCGCAAACUACUGCUCAAAAUUUGAGGCCACAAAAUUCAGGGUCCGGUAGUGGAAGUAUUGGAAGAGCUCCAUCAACAGGAAGGAACGUAAAUUCAUUGAGGCUGGAUCAACGAUCUAUACAAUUUUCUGUCAAUGCUUGGGUACUAGUUGUUGCUACACUCGGAAUGCUUCCAGUUGCGCCAAGAAAUCUUUCAAACAAGGCAUAUCGGUUGUCAUUGCUGGGUACUGCAUGUUCCUCAGUUUGUUCACUAUACACAGUCUAUGGGAAACCAAGGGCAUGGAACCUGCCUGCUAUUCAGACAUGGUUACAGACGAUUAUUGGAGCGAAGGAUUUUAUCCAUUUCAUAUAUUGUAUUACACUUAUUACAUCUAAGCUACACUUGAAGUUUGCUCUCAUACCUGUGUUUUGUUGGGCUGUUGAUCAUGUGGCCAGAUUUCUAAGGCGUAAUUUUGCACGUUCAACUUUAUACAGGAAAUACUUAGAGGAGCCUUGUAUAUGGGUGGAGGCAAAUGGAACUACAUUAAACAUCCUAAGUUCAAAUGCUGAGAUUGCUCUGGGCUUUCUUCUCAUCAUAUCUCUAUUCUCGCUGCAACGCAACAUUAUCCAAACGUUCAUAUACUGGCAGCUCCUGAAGCUCAUGUACCAUGCUCCAGUUACUGCUGGUUAUCACCAGAGCGUUUGGGCCAGGAUUGGUCGUGCCGUGAAUCCAUACAUCUACCGUUACACCCCCUUCUUGAACAGCCCCAUCUCUGCAGUCCAGAGAUGGUGGUUUAGGUAGAGGGAAGAAGAGAACGAAAUGGAUAGGAAGAGAAUGUGAAGGCAGCUUGCAAUAUUUUGCCCUCACAAAUUCUGAACGUCAUGUUUUUUGUCAGUGGAUGGAUAGCGCUGUUCUGACAGAAAACCACUCUGAUAAAUUGGAAUUCGACUUUAAUGAUUUGGCUAAGGUGCUUUCUAUUGA